AUGUGGAAAUCAUUGACGAUUGCCGCGCUGUUCGCUACGCCGUCUUUGCAGAGUGCAUUUGCGAAGCGGUUCGCACCUCUGAAGUUCUCUAAGAAUGGGACAUUUCAAAUCUCUAUUCUGGAAGAUCUUCACUUCGGAGAGAAUGCAUGGGACUCCUGGGGACCCGAGCAAGACGUCAAUUCCGUCAAAGUGAUCAACGAGGUCCUAGAUGCCGAGUCGCCAGAUCUCGUUGUUCUGAAUGGGGACCUGAUCACUGGCGAGAACGCUUUCUUUGAAAAUAGCACCGUCUACAUUGACCAGAUUGUCGGCCCCCUUGUUGACCGUGGCUUGACCUGGGCGUCCACCUACGGCAACCACGAUAGUUCCUACAAUCUCUCCCGCUCGGCUAUCCUGGCCAGAGAAAACCGGUGGCCCAACUCACGGACCAAGCAGAUGGUCUCUGGUCGCAAUGCCGGUGUCACCAAUUACUAUCUCCCUGUCUACAGUUCCAGCAACGAGGGUGCUGCGGGGGCACCCGCAAUGCUGUUAUGGUUCUUUGAUAGUCGCGGGGGUGACUACUACCAAGAACUUGAUUCUUCUGGAAACGAGGUCGCACAGCCAAAUUGGGUCGAUGAUAGUGUCGUUAAAUGGUUUAAAACGACCAAUGCAGAGAUGGUCAAGAAGUACCACAAGCAUAUCCCCUCUCUGGUUUUCGUCCACAUUCCCACCAAUGCAUCCCAGGCUAUCCAGACCGAACUUGGAAUCAAUGCCCACAAGGAGCCAGGCAUCAAUGAUGACUAUACUCUAGCACAGCAAGGAGAGGGGUGGUGCGCGGACGGAAGCAAUGAUAGCUCUUGCGUGUAUGGUGGUCAAGAUGUGACAUUUAUGAAGGCAUUGGUGAAUACACCCGGUGUAAUUGGUGUCUUCUCAGGUCAUGACCACGGAGAUACAUGGUGCUACAAGUGGGAUACCCUUAUCCCCGGGAUGUCGGUGAAAGGAAACGGUAUCAAUCUUUGCUUCGGGCAGCACACUGGAUACGGUGGAUAUGGAAGCUGGAUUCGAGGAUCUAGACAGGUCCUUGUUACCGAGUCGAAGCUCAAGAAUAUGGAUAUUGACACUUGGAUUCGACUGGAGUCUGGAGACGUUGUGGGAUCUGUUUCCCUUAACUCAACCUAUGGGGAGGACGUCUAUCCUAGCACUCCCGAUACACUUAGUUAA